AGCCCCGGGUCACCAGAUUAUGUCACAAUCAGUGAUGUCACCGUUGGGGAAAUUCUCAAGUUGCCCUCUGAUAUAAGCCUUUCAGGUCUUGAAGCCAGUGGGAUCGAGGAACUUUCUGAGAGCAAGACGGCUCUUGAUAGCAUGUGGGCUCCCCAGGCAUCAAUCAUCGGGGAUGGGCCUGCCAAGAAAGUGGGUGAACAGGUACCUCUACAGGCACACGUCCUCCAGACUGCCUCCUUAAAAGAUGGACCAGCGAAGCGGGCAGUGUGGGUCCACUGUAACCGUUCAGAGCCAGAAGAACCUACUAAAUCAACGAUGGUCAAGGAGAAACCCAAGCUACAGGUGACCAAAGCAGUGGUCGUGGACCUUGGCACUGGCUCCUGCAAAUGUGGCUUUGCCGGGCUGCCGAAGCCCACCCAUACCAUCUCAUCAACAGUGGGCAAGCCCUACAUGGAGACGGCCAAAACCGGGGACAAUCGCAAGGAGACAUUUGUGGGGCAGGAGCUCAUCAACCCAGCGGUUCGUCUCAAGCUAAUUAAUCCUCUGCGACAUGGCAUCAUCGUGGACUGGGACACAGUGCAGGAUAUCUGGGAAUAUCUCUUCCAUCAAGAGAUGAAGAUCGCCCCAGAGGAGCACGCAGUCUUGGUUUCAGACCCACCCCUGAGCCCACACACCAACAGAGAGAAGUACGCUGAAAUGCUGUUUGAAACCUUCAACACUCCUGCAAUGCACAUCGCCUACCAAUCCCGCCUGUCCAUGUACUCGUACGGGAGGACCUCUGGCCUGGUGGUGGAGGUUGGCCACGGCGUGUCCUACGUGGUCCCCAUCUAUGAGGGUUAUCCUUUGCCCAGCAUCACCGGACGCCUGGACUAUGCGGGCUCUGACCUGACAGCCUAUUUGAUGGGCCUGAUGAAUAAUUCGGGGAAACACUUCACCGAGGACCAGAUAGGCAUUGUGGAGGACAUCAAGAAGAAAUGCUGCUUUGUGGCCCUGGACCCCAUCGAAGAGAAGAAAGUCCCAGCCACUGAGCAUACAAUCCAGUACACUCUACCUGACGGGCAGAAGAUAAACCUGUGCCAGGAAAGGUUCCUCUGCUCGGAGAUGUUCUUUAAGCCUUCUCUGAUCAAGUCCAUGCAGCUGGGGCUCCACACUCAGACCGUGUCCUGCCUUCACAAGUGUGACAUUGCCCUCAAACGGGAUCUCAUGGGGAACAUCCUGCUCUGUGGGGGGAGCACUAUGCUCAGCGGUUUCCCUAACCGGCUGCAGAAGGAGCUGAGCACCAUGUGUCCCAAUGACAACCCGCAGGUAAAUGUGCUGCCCGAAAGGGACACUGCAGUGUGGACAGGUGGCUCCAUCCUGGCAUCACUUCAGGGCUUCCAGCCCCUGUGGAUCCACCGCUUUGAGUAUGAGGAGCACGGGCCUUUCUUCCUCUACAGAAGGUGCUUCUGACCUCUGACCAAGCAUGGUUGCCAUGCGUCAGCUUUGCUGGGUGAGCACCCACCCGACACACAGGGAGCUGAGUCCACAUGUUUGCUCCUAUAGUAAUAAACAAUCGUGUUCCCUCCAAAGUGUGCUUCUCUAUUUCCUGACUUAAUAAGAGCAAGUUCAUAUACGCAGCAUGUGCCAAACAGAAGCUGGGCGGUGCGUGGAAACAAAGGCGUGUAUUACGUGUUGCUUGCUUACACAUUCUUGGGAAAAACUAGCUCUGAAGUUAUUCUGUCCCUUUUUUGUAUUCGUUUUAGGGACUAUCGCACUGUUAAAUCUGCUCAGAAGGGGAGCGUGAGGAAGACAGAUUACAGAGUCAGUGCUGUUAGGGCAUACAGAACAUUCCUUUUGACCAACAACAGGAAAUCUGCUGUAAUGGUUCAAUCUCCCACAAAGCAGUAGAGUACAUUUCAUGCUUCAUGAAGGCUUGUAAAGAGCUGACGAAGGUGUCUGAUCCCUGCUUAAACUGUACUUUCUUUUAGUUCCAAAAGGAACUUAUGUCUCAAUGCCAGCUUUUAUCAAGCCAUCAUGGUGACCGGCUGUGGAAACCUGGCAUGUAAUGAGCAAGGUGUAUGUGUGGGUCUGAAGGGGGCAACUCUCCAGCGGCUCAUCACUCACUAGACUGGAUUCUCCAUCAACCUGUAGGAUAUACAGAUGGAAUUUGGGAUGGGCACAGGAUAGAGGCUGCCAGUUCUGGGGCUAAUGGUUUGCGGGAACCUACCCUACACUGGUCAUUCUAACCCAACUGAGGAGCCAGAAGGAACAUUCAGUCCCUCAAGAUCAGAGAAUCUUGUUCUGUAGGUAGUCUUACAAGGGCCAGUUUUGUAAAUGGAACACAGAUUUUUUUAGUCCCCAAUACAUUCUCUGCCCUCUCUCUAAACCUCGGCAUCUGAACAUUGGCAGGGAGCAGCAUCAAACAGUGGAAAGAAAUGGGCUUUGAACUCUGAUUUGAAACCCUAUUUCACUACCACCUAACUGUACGGCCCGAGUCUACUUACCUAUAAAGUUGAAUUCAAAGGCCUACUUCACACAGCUGACGUAAAAAACAGAGAUCAACACUGAAAUACUAGUAUCUCACCUCUGGGAGGUGAUCACAAGAGCUAGCUAGAAUUAUCUUGUAGACUUACUUUAUACAGGAGCCCCAAAGUCUUACCAUGGCUUUUUUUUUUUUUUUUUUUAAGAUUUAUUUUAG